ACAUAUUUAAACAGCGACCGUCUACAUUUGAUUUUGUAUCACAUGUGUCUUCCUUAGCGAUUUGCCUGCAAUAAUCUUGGAACAUUAUAUAAAUUGGAUAUCUGUGCAAUUAUUUGUUCAAACUGGUUGUCAUGUGCCUAGUUAAAGUUACACUUUGAUGAUGUAAAUUAUGCACUUUAGGAUCGGCUACUACUAAAUUGAUGCACCAUGUAAACUAAUUCUUAGAAUUUAAAAGAACGAUAUACGGUACAACUGACUAAUUUUAAAAUUAGUUAUCCACACUGUAUGAAUUCUACCUGUCAAAUAUCUAGAUUUUAGUAGACGGUUGUUUUAAAACCGAAGUGAUCAUCUCUGUGACAAAUGAGCGACAACUAUUCGUCCAGUAAGUUAAAAUAUCUCCCACGACAACAAUUCGUUCAGCAAGUUAGAAAUCCUUCCAGAAACCAAUAUCCCUUACAAUCGUAUCAAAGCAGCUACCCGAAUAAGUGGUUUGUGAAAUCAAUUGUGAGAUGAAAAACGGUCAUUGAUUGGAACACUUUUUUAUUACAGCAAUGCAUUGAUUACGAGUUACGUACGCUAAAAGAACACAAAGAUUAUUAUCUUGAAUAUGGAUAUAAUACAACUGUAACUACGUAAUUAACGAACGGAAAAAUGAAUAUGGGUACUUUUUGGCUUCCACAGAUGAUAUUGACGUUGGAUAUUUUAGGAGUAUUUUCGUGUCACUAUAUUCACACAUUUGAGCUUUCUCCUGUUGUGUUAGGAAUGGUACGACAUGGGAACAGAAGUCUCACCAUGGAAACAGAAAACAUUCACAGUUGUAACGUGACAUAUAUAUGGUAUAACGUCGAUUUUGCAGAGCUCUUUCAAAUUUAUGCAGCAGUUCAGCAGCUAGAGCUGAGGUAUGAAGUUGACGUUGUUGUGAUUCUUCACGAUAUCGGAGUCGACGAUCAUCUUAUUAGAACCAAAGCUGUACCAAUUAUAAAAUGGGGCGAAGAACCAUCAUACACAAUAAAGUUCAAAAGUAUCGCACCAAUAGCUAACAAGAACCGCAGUAAUAUGACAGAAGAAUGUCCAAUAAUUGAAUUAGAAAAUGAAAAUGAACUCUACUGCUUUGAGAAGGUGAUUGUGAAAGAAAUCCUAGGACAUAUCAAUAAUGAUACAAGUUUUAAAAGUCAAGUUGAGGUGAGAGGCGCUGAUGUAUUGUCGGCUCUUAUUACGGAAAAGCUGAAAUGGAAACUGGUUUUUAUCUUUCAUGAAACAGCAACAGAAAUGGAAGCCGCACGAGUGGUUGAUAUUUUGUCUAAAACCGGAAUAAUGAUUGUCAUCUACAAUUUGGACACAAUCACCGAUCUCAUUCAAAUACUACUGGAGGCAUAUCAACGAAUCGUUCCGACACAUACGGAAAUCAAUUUUGCUGUUCUCUGUAAAUUCGACUGCAUACGUACACUGUUUUACAGGGCAAACCGAUUUGAUAAGGAUAAUCCGUCGACAAAGUCCUUGUUGAGGCAGUUUUCUAGAUGGCUUGUAGUAAUUUACGAUCAUCAUUUCAAUUUGUCAGCGACCUUGAGAGACUGUGCUAAAGAGCUGGACAACAUUGCUGUUAUCGCAUUUCCUCAAGUCACUCCGGAUAAUGCUGAAAAGGCUUUCCACAAAACCCUCCACAAUGUUGUUCUAGAACACGCAUUUGAUCUUUCUGUCGAUGAAGGUGGAUCUGAAACCAACCUCACAGCUGUUACGGAUGUAAACAUUACUAAGGAUAUAAUUUCAGAUCUUCGAAAGGAAGCUAGAAAUUGGCGUCCUGUAAGUAAAUGUGAGGGUUUUCGAAUAGACACAUUAAUGUGGACACACAGUGGCCGUGACUUUAAUAAUGUUGGGUACGUGUCAAAACAUGGCGACUUGGUCGUGUUUGCUGAUUUGUUCCCGAAUACAAAGUACGGCUACAAUGGAAGGAUGUUUCAAGUUUCAACGCUGCAUUACGAACCGUUCGUCAUUAAAAAGGAGGAAAAUGGAACAGUGUCCUAUGGCGGUGUAUGUAUGGAGCUUCUACAGGAAUUGUCCAUGACCCUAAACUUCACGUACAAUCUAACAGAACCUCCAGAUCAAACUUGGGGUGCUCAGCAGCCAGGGAAUGAAUUAGUAUUUAAUGGAAUGAUAGGGCAAUUACAACGCGAGGAAGUUGACAUUGUUGCGGCUGAUAUAAGCAUCCAGAAAGAACGAGAAAUGGUGAUGGACUUUAUGUUUCCGUUUUAUUAUGGAUACACUUCCGUUCUGUUGAAGAAGCCAGACCCAAAUGCUCGAAAAUGGAGAACACUAGUAGAUCCUUUCCAAUGGGAAAUUCUCAUGACGAUUGGUAUAAGUCUUCCAAUUGUUUCUCUGAUGGCAUUUCUCCUUGAAAAAUUCAAUCCAUUUUACAAUGAUCCUGAGAAUGCACGAAUAGCUACAGAAAACUACGGUCUGCAUACUUUUCAUGACUCGUUCUGGUAUAUGUAUGGAGCAUUACUGUCACAAGGUGGUGUUAAUUUACCAGAAUCUAUCGCCGGACGAACGUUUGUUAGCUGUUGGUGGUUGUUUUCUAUUGUUGUUGUUGGAACUUACUGUGGAAAUUUGAUCGCCUUUUUGACAGUAACUAAGGAUAAACCGCCAUUUGAAACACUUAAUGAAAUGGCAGACUUAAAGGGGACCUACAAAUGGGGACUACAAGAAGGGACCAAUUGGGAAACUGUUUUCAAGACAUCAAACAGAGGUGAAUUCAGACGGGUAGGUAAUGCGCUUAUGGAGUUUAAUGAAACCGACCCAUCUGUUUUUGCAAAGGACAUAAAAACACAGCUGGCCAAAGUCAAAAAUGGUGGCUAUGGAUGGAUAGGUGACACAGUAGUCAUGGAGCUUGAAAUGGAGAAAGACUGUGAACUGAUGAUGAUCAAAGAAAAGUUUCUACCUUUAAAAUAUGCGUUCGGAUUUACUAAUAAUUCGCCGCAUGUUCAAAUUUUCACAAAACAAAUUCUGUCGAUUCACGAAUCGGGACUUUUGCAAGUGUGGAAAAGACGUUGGUGGCCUAAAUCUAAGGAAGUAUGUGCAGGCUCUAUCAUUGCUGAGGCUAAGCCAAUCAAAAUAAUUGACGUCCAAAGUGCAUUCUACGUGGCUACAGGGGGAGGCUUUAUUGGUUUCUGUGCCUUCUUAAUUGAAUUGUGUGUUGGACGUUUGCAGCAGCGAAGACACAAACACCUGUCACAGCAGAAUGAAAGUAGAGCAAAGGAAAACGGCACUGUAGCAAACAAAUCUCCAACGUUGAAAUGACUCAUUCGGUAUAGUUGUCUUUGCUGGUUCAGUCAUAUAUGCUUUGGAGCUCUGUCAGCAAGGCUUCUGCAUGCAAUUCUAUGUAUCGAAAUGUUUUGUCAUUUGUAGAACUGCUGCAGGUCACCAGUCCAGAUACUGGUAGAUUUUACUUUCUUUUCUAAACCCCGGUGAUAGAAUGUUUGUUUCGUAGAUUUACUACUUUGUGUUAACUGAGGUAGAAUUGCUUGUGAGAAUGGUGUUACUUUUAAAAAACCGUGCGUUCAAAUGUAGUUUCUUUGUGUAAUUGAUACUAUGGAUUCACUCAUGUUUCAUGACACUAAUGUAUAGCUUCGUAUGGAUGGAUAUUGAGGAAAGGAGUCAUAUGUUUUACGCAAUUAUGUUUAAAGGAACAACUACAACUUGUAUGCAACAAUCAAGAUCAUACUGAGUAUGAGAGUAAUGUCUUAGGUGUAAAUAAGGUCAAAGAACAUAAAUAAACACUGCAGAUAUCGUGCAAUUAACAAUUACCUAUUUCAAAGAAUUCAUUUCACUUGUCAAUAUGAAUUGGAAAAAUGAAAUAUGUCAUUCGUAACAACAUUUUAUGUUUAUGGCUUGAAAGUUCGUGAUUUCUGCUAUUUCCUGAAAUAUAAAUCAGUGGAAUUACACUAUACAGGACAUUUACAUAAGUAUUGCAAUUAAGUCUUGCGCAUAACGACAACCAUGGUAAUGACGCACAUUAGCCCGACAGAAUAUUUUGCAGUAUAUAUAAAUUAUUCUAACACUUUUAAUAUAUUUUUAUAUAAACAAAAAAGGAUUUUACCGUGUAUUGUCUUGUCGAUUAAAACACGUUUCGCAAAAUGCCCUACGUUUGGUUAUUCCGGUUUACUCCGUCCAUUUAUGCCUAAAAAGGAUUCCAGAUUAGUAUCCCUUCCUGGUGUAAUUCGAACCUGUUAGAAUGGAAAUAGAAUUUAGUUUUGCGAAGGCCUGAGUGAUUAAUUACGAUGCAUCUGAAAGAAAAAACGUGUUUUAUUUGCCAACAAAGCAUGCAAAACUAAUUAUCUGUUUUCCAAAUAGUUAUUUUAAUCAUUCUUAUUUUGUGAUUAACAUGUAUUAAUCUUUACCUAAAGGUCUUUACAGAGACCUGCAUGUUAUAUUUCGUACUGAAACAUUUGAUUAGAUGUUCUUGUUAAAUAUCAUACUCUUGGGAAUAAAAACAUUACAAAAUCAU